AUAAAUUUAAAUCAUAACAAAAACAGCUAAGCUAAAAUCAUACAAUACCAUAUUAUAUGGUUGAUAUGUAGGUGCAACUAGUGCCAGUUGUAAAAUGGACACAGGCGUCCAAAGUAUAGAAAUUAAUGAAGAUGAAAUCACUUUGAGAAAAUGUUUUUCUGAUAUUAUACAAAGGAAGGAAAUUAGCUUAGAUGAACAAGUAAUUAUCAGAAUUAUUAAAAAAGAUCUAUUAAUAGACUAUGAUCGUUGUCAGCAAAGUUUAAAACCAUUUUUAAUUAAAUUAUUUCUUGUGUGCAUCAAUUCAUGGCCAGGUUGGAGAAAAGGCAGAGAGUACUUUUCAGGUAAAUUAUCUGAAAAUGAGUGGUUUGACAAAUUGAAACAAUUCUUAACUUUGAAACUGUAUACUGGCAAAUCUGAAUAUCAGACUGUGAUAGAUGCAAUACAGAAGGAAAAAUGUCAAGAGACUUCCAAACGUAGUACACAAACACAUUAUACAACUGCUCCUUUCAUUAUAAAUAUUACUUGUAACCCUGCCAUGAUAAGCAGCAUAACAUUUACAGAUUCUCUAACUAGUCCAGACAAUGUCUUUAUAAGUUGUAAUGAUCGUCAACGUAGACCUAACAAAAGACUUAAUAGGAUAGACAACUGGCCAUAUGUAGAAGUGAUAUUUGAAUCUCCAGAACUAAUGUUUACUAGAAAAAACGUGACUGAAUAUAAACGAUAUUUGGGUUUAACUACAACUUUUAUGAAACAUGAAAAACCUGAAUUUUUAGACAGUGUUGAAUUAAUUAAACCACAGUUGACAAGGGAUAUUUAUACUUUGCGAUACAUUGAAGCUUAUUGUAUAAAAUAUGUUGACACAUUGACUCAUUAUGUGUCUAGUUAUGGUAUUGGAAAUGAGUUCUUAAAGGACAUUAAAGUUAUAUUGAAUGAGUUUUUACUCGAUAUCGCUGAUAUAAACAUAAAUGGGACCAUGGCUACAAAUACUGUGAUUACUUUCAAUAUUGGCAAACACAGUUACGUAAGAGUGAAAAAUUUGACCAAUUCAAACGGGACACAAACGAAAACGGACAUUGGAUUUUGUGAAUGGAUAAUCCCAAAGACAGAAAUGGGCCUCGUUUACUUCACCGCGCUCCAGGACAAAACACGCCCCAACAUUUCAUUCACUUAUCUCAACUCAUUGAUUGACCAUAAAAUUCCAAAGAGUCAAAUGGAUAAAAUAUUUCCUGUUAUUAAAUAUCGAUGUAGCUGCUGCGACAUCAAAUUAUCGUCAGGAGCCGAGAUGUACAGACAUUUUAAGGAAAUACACAUUGUCGAAGAGAACAUAUUUUGUUACACUUGCAAGACGCCGUUCUCUCUUGUCGAUUUGUGUGAGUCACGAUGGAAUCACAACUGUAAAAUUUCUGUUUAAAUAAGACAUUAUAAAAUUUAUAUUUUUUAUAUUUCUUUGUAUUACUCAAAUCACAUUGUGAAUGAUUGUAUCUAAAACAUUCCGUCUUGUGGCCAUUGUCUUUACUAUUGAUAAAACAUUUAUGCAUAAAUGUGACAUAAAUGUGUUCUCAAAUUGAUAUUGUUAUAUAUUCUUUAUACAUUAAUAAUACACCAAUGAAUUUAGUUGUAUUUGUAAUUACAUUAAUUUCUAAAAUUAUUUAUAUAAAAUGACUGAGCGUUUAAAAGUCCAUUUUCUCAAGUAGUAAAAAAUAUAUUAAAAACGAAACGUUGUUACUCGAAUUUCUGUUUGGUUUGACCUUGUUAUAUAAUCAUCGUUUAACUAAAUAAACAAUUGCUUAGUUAUGAAGUUAGUCGAUAAUUUGGAAUUAUGUAUAAGUACAAAUUAAUAUUUUUUAUAUCUCCUAUACAUAUACUACUGACAGAAUUAUGUGAUUGUGUUUGUUUUUGUGUCGACUUUUUUGUAAAAUACGCCUAACUUCAAGAUAGCAUUGGAUGUUUUGUUAGAAUUAAAACUAUUCCCGUAAUUGACUACUGGCAGAAUAAAAGAUAUUUGGUGUUAAAAAAAGAUUUCAACCAAAACGUUCUUUUUAUCUUCAUUUUAUAAUGUUUGUUUAUCUUCAUUUUAUAAUGUUUAUCUUCAUUUUAGUUUUAAUUGAAUAAAGUUUCAUAUUUUUA